AUGGCUGCCGUUGCUUCACGAUUCUCCUCCACUGCCGUUCUUGAGAGGGCCCAGUUGCGCGAGACUGAAAGGCGAUCUGCUUCCGUAGCUGUUUCACUACCAUCCCGAUCAAACCGCAUCGCCCGCCGCCGUUCACGGUACUCAGUCGCACGUGCAGCAAAGAGCAGUGAUUCCUCUGAUCCUUCAUCUGCUCCACUCGCCACAGUCACACAGUCCUCCUCUACUCCAGACCUGUCUUCCGCUACUGCCGCUUUGAACCGCCUUAAAACCAAUAUCGUUACAUUCACACAGUCCACCUCCACUCCAGACGUGUCCUCCGCUAUAGCCGCUGCUCAGCCUUACGCUCCAUCCGUCCUAGGCGCCGGAGCGCUCGGUGUUGCGUCUUAUUUAAUUGUCAGAAAGAUCACAUCCGGUCCUGCUAAAGCGGAAGCGGGCGCAGAAGCUAAAGCAGCUCCUCCCAGCGGCAUCGUGCCACGUGCCAAGAAAGCCGCAACAACUGCGCUAGCGGCGAUGGCGGCGACUUUCCCGCGGGCCAUGCAGGAGGAGGCUUUCAUGAAGGCCGUGAGCCAAGAGCUCAGCAAGCUGGGCUUCAAAAGAGCAAACGUCCUUCCUUCCCACCCCCUUUCCGCUCCCGCCCUUCCCCUCGAACCCCCAAUCACGUCUCUUCCCUCGCCAUUCUCUUCCACUCACUCCGCCAGAGACAACUGCAUUGCGCUGGUGUCGACAUGCCGGGACGAGGUGUGCCGGCCGGUGGUGAGCCUGGUGGACCAGGAAUUUGGGCUGUCGUUCAAUAUCGCAGGGCUGGGCGGCGUGCUCAACUGCGGCUCCACAGGCUUUAAGGCUGCAAUGUCGCACUCGCCAGAGUUUCGCUGCGAGACCGAUGGGACUGUGAAGGAGCGAUGUGAGCAUGAUGGGGCGUUUGUGAUGGGUCCUUCAUGCAUAAAGGGGUCAUUCAUUGUGGGGCGUGCCGGCAUGGCUGGGGGAUUCAUGUACAUCUUCUUUGCCUUCCCUCACGUGUCCAUCGGAGAAUCGGGAGAGGUGGGAUCGCUGCUGCGGCGCGGCCGAGGCAAGCCCUCCAGUGCAUGUGGAGCACUGAUUGCCAUUCAGAACGACAUCAACGCGGGCAAGGCAACGGUGUCGGACCCUUAUGACGAGGAGUACGUGCUUCUUAAGAAGAAAGUCAAGUCACUGAUUCUACGGCGGGGAGGUUCGGAGUAUUCAUUGGUGGAGGUGACUCGUGCUGCACUGGCAGCCAUCAAUGAUGACCUGGAAAAACUCAUCUCCCUCACUGUCGACCCAGCCACUGCUGACUACGCUGUGAUCACAGGCGUGCAGAUUCACUCGGGCAACCAGAUUCCUGGAGAGCCAUUCCGCAUUGAGCGGACUUGUGAUUAUAUUGCUCCUGACAUGAUGUACGCCGUUGUAAGAGGGCAACGGUAUGACCUGCAGCUGGAAGCCAAUAAGGAGGACUUGGCAGUCCACUCUAGUUAG